AUGGAGGCUCCGCUGCAAACCGGAAUGAUGGGGGCGUCGAGUCACGGGCCGUCUGUGACCUCCUCGGGGGCCGGGGACUUGGCGGAGUGGGAUGGGGACGGGGGCGUCCCGGCCUCCGUGGAGGGCUCGGCAGGCCGGAUAUGCGAUGCGCAGCCAGUGCCCUUCAUCCCGCAGGUGCUGGGCGUGAUGAUUGGGGCUGGAGUCGCGGUGCUGGUCACUGCCGUAUUCAUCCUCCUGCUGGUGCGGAGACUGCGAGUGCAGAAGACUCCAGCCCCGGAUGGUCCCAGGUAUCGAUUCCGGAAGAGGGACAAAGUGCUUUUCUAUGGUCGGAAGAUUAUGCGGAAGGUAUCACAAUCCACUUCCUCCCUGGUGGAUGCUUCCGUCUCCACCACUUCCCGGCCACGCAUGAAGAAGAAACUUAAGAUGCUCAACAUUGCCAAGAAGAUCCUGCGCAUCCAAAAAGAGGCCCCGACACUGCAACGGAAGGAGCCCCCGCCCGCGGUGCUUGAAGCUGACUUGACGGAGGGUGACCUGGCUAACUCCCACCUGCCCUCCGAGGUGCUCUACAUGCUCAAGAAUGUCCGGGUGCUGGGCCACUUCGAGAAGCCGCUCUUCCUGGAGCUCUGCCGACACAUGGUCUUCCAGCGGCUCAGCCAGGGUGACUACGUCUUCCGGCCAGGCCAGCCGGAUGCCAGUAUCUAUGUGGUGCAGGAUGGGCUGCUGGAGCUCUGUCUGCCAGGGCCUCUAGGGGAUGAGGGGCCGGGAUUUCUGAGGAGGAGGAGGAGACAGGUCUACCCUCCGGACACGAUUGCACAACAAAUCUUUACUCGGGACUCAGCAGGCUCGGGACUCGGCGUCCCCCCUCACUCGGAACUUACCAACCCAGCCAGCAACUUGGCAACCGUGGCGGUCCUGCCAGUGUGCGCCGAGGUGCCCAUGGUGGCCUUCACCCUGGAGCUGCAGCAUGCUCUGCAAGCGAUUGGUCCAACCCUUCUCCUCAACAGUGACAUCAUCCGGGCCCGCCUAGGGGCUUCUGCCCUGGAUAGCAUCCAAGAGUUCCGGCUGUCAGGGUGGCUGGCCCAGCAGGAGGAUGCCCACCGCAUAGUGCUGUACCAGACUGACGCGUCGCUGACACCCUGGACUGUGCGCUGCCUACGCCAGGCCGACUGCAUCCUCAUCGUGGGCCUGGGUGACCAGGAGCCCACUCUUGGCCAGCUGGAGCAGAUGCUGGAGAACACCGCGGUGCGCGCCCUCAAGCAGCUGGUGCUGCUGCACCGGGAGGAGGGCGCGGGCCCCACGCGCACCGUCGAGUGGCUCAACAUGCGGAGCUGGUGCUCGGGGCACUUGCAUCUGCGCUGUCCACGCCGCCUCUUCUCUCGCCGCAGCCCAGCCAAGUUGAACAUGACUUCGGUGGUGGAGCCGGUGCUGGACCUCACGUACCCCGUCACCUCCAUGUUCACCGGGUCGGCCUUCAACCGCGGCAUUCACCGCGUCUUCCAGGACAAGCAGAUCGAGGACCUGUGGCUGCCGUACUUCAACGUGACCACGGACAUCACCGCCUCAGCCAUGCGCGUCCACAAAGAUGGCUCCCUGUGGCGAUACGUACGCGCCAGCAUGACGCUGUCGGGCUACCUGCCCCCGCUGUGCGACCCGAAGGACGGGCACCUCCUCAUGGACGGCGGCUACAUCAACAACCUGCCAGCGGACAUCGCCCGCAGCAUGGGUGCCAAGACGGUCAUCGCCAUCGAUGUGGGGAGCCAGGAUGAGACGGACCUCAGUACCUACGGGGACAGCCUGUCUGGCUGGUGGCUGCUGUGGAAGCGGCUAAACCCCUGGACAGACAAGAUCAAGGUUCCAGACAUGGCUGAGAUCCAGUCUCGCCUGGCCUACGUGUCCUGCGUGCGGCAGCUGGAGGUUGUUAAGUCCAGCUCCUACUGCGAGUACCUGCGCCCGCCCAUCGACUGCUUCAAGACCAUGGACUUCGGGAAGUUCGACCAGAUCUAUGAUGUGGGCUACCAGUACGGGAAGGCUGUGUUUGGGGGCUGGAGCAGGGGCGACAUCAUUGAGAAGAUGCUCACGGACCGGCGGUCUGCUGACCUCAAUGAGAGCCGCCGUGCAGAUGUGUUGGCCUUCCCCAGCUCUGGCUUCACCGACUUGGCAGAGAUCGUGUCCCGGAUUGAGCCCCCCACGAGCUACGUUUCCGACGGCUGUGCUGAUGGAGAGGAGUCGGAUUGCCUGACAGAGUAUGAGGAAGAUGCAGGGCCUGACUGCUCGCGGGACGAAGGGGGCUCUCCUGAGGGCGCCAGCCCCAGUACCGCCUCUGAGAUGGAGGAGGAGAAGUCAAUUCUCCGGCACCGGCGCUGCCCGCCCCCGGACCCUCCCAGCUCGGCUGUGGAUGCCUGAGGACCUCGAGAGGGUCCCCUGGGGCUGGGCUGGGGGCGAGCCCUGUGGGGGUGGCUCAUUCCCUCUCUGCCUGCUGCUAUGCCUGCGACCCUCCUGGGUCCCCCUUGAUCCCAGCGCCCAGGGCGCACACACUGGACUGCCCUGCCCCCGAGGGGAGGGACAGCACCGCACUGAGGACCC